UCUGCAGGAAAGCUUCAGCUGAGCAAAACGACAACACAAAACCACAAGGUUUCCCCUCUUCUGAAGAGUCAGGGUUGUUUCUGAGGACAGGAUGGAGUUUGAUCAGCUGGGGCUGGAGGAUGAGGGUGAUGAAGAGGAUGUAGCAACUCAGUACAUGAUUGAACAAAGCCUGCUAGAGAGCAGCAAACAGAGGGGAACUCACAGAGACAUCAGGAGGUCAGUCCAACAGAACAGUUUAAGCUCUGAACUCAAGUCUGCAGAUAUCAGUGAUAUCUUCUCUGCUAUAAGACAAGGUAAUGAGAAGCAUUUGAAGGAUUUGUGUGUCAGCCAAAAAGACAAGUUUUCGCAGACAGACAGCAGAGGUUGGACACCUUUACACGAAGCCGCAGCUCAAACCAACCACACCAUCCUGGAGCUCACAUACAAAGCCUCAGGCCCAGGCUCUGUGGAUUGUUGCACAUCUCGUGGUCAAACACCACUCUUCCUAGCAGUAGAACGAGGUCUGAUGGAAAACACAUCCUUCCUCCUCAACCAAGGGGCUCAGCCAGACUGCCAGGAUCUUGACCACGACUCCCCACUGUUUGUAGCUAUCCGUUCUGACUGCACUGAUAUGGUGACCCUGCUACUCCAGCGGGGCUCCGGGGUGAACCAGGAGGGAUGCCACGGCCGCCGACCCCUCCACGAGGCCUCACAGCUGGGUAAAGUAAGACUGGUUACUCUGCUGCUGGAGGCUGGAGCUAGGCCAGAUCCCCGCAGCAACUACGGCCUCACGCCACUGGCACUAGCUGCUCAGGGAGGACACCUGGAGGUAGUGGAGAUUCUCCUGAGGAAAGGAGCUGAUGUCUUUUCUCAGGCACAGGACGAGGCCUCCAUCAUGUAUGAAGCAUGUGCAUCUGGGAAUCCAGCCGUCAUCAGCCUGCUCCUGGAACACGGUGCUGAUGCAAAUAUUUCCACACACACAGGAUACAUGCCCAUCCACCGAGUCGCACACAGAGGACACCUUCAAGCUCUGAAGAUGCUGCUUCCUGUCACGUCCAGGGCUGAUGUACAAGACAGUGGGAUGAGUCCUCUUCAUUUGGCUGCUGCAGGAGGACACUCUAACUGCAUCAAGCUCUUGCUGGAUGCUGGAUAUGACCCCAACUACAUGCUCCAACGCUGGCUUAGCCGUAGCUAUGACGACGAGAGAAGGUCUGCUCUCUUCUUUGCUGUCACCAACAAUGACAUGACAUCAGUAAAACUGCUGCUUGAGGCUGGGGCCAUGACCAACCAAGACCCGGUCAAAUGUCUGCAGGUUGCACUGCGUCUGGGCAACUAUGAGCUGAUGAACAUGUUGCUGCGUUAUGGCGCUAAUGUCAACUACUACAGCAAAAUAAACACCACACAUUUCCCCUCAGCGCUGCAGUACGCUCUCAAAGACGAGGUGGUUCUUAGGAUGUUGUGUAACUAUGGUUAUGAUGUGGAGCGCUGCUUUGAGUGUCCCUAUGGCAACGGCUCCCACAUCCCUCAGGACUAUGAGGGGUGGACCUGCUCUGUGAUUAAAGAUACUAUGUUCUGCGAGGUAAUCACUGUCCCCUGGCUGAGGCACCUUUCAGGUCAUGUGAUUCGCAUCCUGCUGGAUUAUGUGGAUCAUGUGACCCUUUGCUCCAAACUUAAGGCGGCACUGAUGGAGCAGAAGCAGUGGUCAGAUAUCUGCAGAGUGUUAGAAAACACCCGCUGUCUGCAGCAUCUCUGUCGUCUGCGGAUCCGCCAGUGUCUUGGACGCCUUCGUCUUCGGUCACCUAUUUUCAUGAGCUUUGUGCCAAUGCCACAGCGGCUGAAGGAUUACAUCCUGUACCGGGAGUAUGACCUGCUGGGCAGCAAGCCAGGCUGAGUCCACGGAGAGCAGAAAAAUAUUACAUGGAACUGUGGCUUAGUUACUAUGAAGUGUUAUUAAGUCUCAUAUCUGCAAAUGGUCUGACCUCUAGAAAAAAACACUUCAGAAUAAUUAUUAAUUUCAAGAAUUUAACACUCAUUAAGUUAUUUCUUAACUCUUGUGAGUGAGAUAGAUAAAAAAAAAACGAGUAACAUUUCUGCACAGUUAAAUAGUACUAAUCCUCAAUCCUAUCUCCUUGUUUAUUUGUAAAUGUUUUAUGCUAGCUCUAUAGACCUACACGUUUUGCAAUGAAGUACAAAAUCAAAGAACAAGAACAUAAAUUUAAAGAGUGUCCAUGUUUUCCAAAAACUUAACCAUUUAUAUCUGUCCUAUUCAGCUUUCCUUCUAUCCUGACAGCUCUAUAAUCUGAAGCUGUAACACAUCUAUGCAGCAUGACACUGACAUCACCAUGCUUUACUACUGAGAUGGUAUCAGACUUUUAAUUAGCAUUGUCUGGGCUUCUUUAGAUAUAAAGCUAAUUUUGUAUAAGACCUAAUGUGUCCUGUUUGAUACAGUUUCUGAAACCUGUUGCAUCACUUUACUGUAACGACUGCUCAAAACCCU